AUCGUCGUUGUUGGGAGGCGGCAGCGGGUGGGUGACUGCCAGCUAGCUAGUUAGUUUGUGCUCAGGUUUAUUGUUAAGGUUGUAUGGAGUAGCACUGCGAGUCUCAAUCCCAUUUCACAAUAUCAACAAAAGCAUUAACCAUGAGUUAAUGAUACUAGUCCUACUCUUAAGAAAGGAGACCACCCACUACAUCAGCUCAGCUGUUGUUUCCACACACUGAGGAACAGAGCCACAUCAGCUGAAGGAACCUUUCCACCAGCAAUGAAUGAAACCGGGAAAGAAGAGACACAGCUCCACCAACACUAAUACACACACCUACAUUAAUACCAAACAUACAACCUGUUAUUCCCUAAUCCUGUCUUGCCUCAACAUGGCAAACUCAGUGGCCACUCUAGUGGUCCAAGCGGAACUAUUACCCCCUCAACCGUCCUCCUCCCUCUCUCCCUUCCCAUCGCUGCAGGGAUCAGGAGAAGGGGAGGAGGACAGGGAAAGGGGGGAAGAAGCGGAUGGGGAGAAAGGGAUGGUGGAGGGGGGUGAGGAUAUAGUGCUGACCGGGGUAGGGGUGCAGAUGGUGACAUCAUCGGUCCUGGCUGCGCCCCAUCUCCAGGAGCACCCUGAGCACCCGUUCCAGUGCCUGGACUGUGGCAAGAGCUUCAAGUGGUCUUCAAGGCUGGCCCACCACCAGCGCAGCCACAACAACGAGAGACCCUACCGCUGUAACCUCUGCCCCAAGGCCUUCAAGGGCUCCUCCGCACUCCUCUACCACCAGAGAUCUCAUUCAGGGGAGAAGCCCUAUAAGUGUGACGACUGUGACAAAGCUUUCAAACGCUCCUCCCUGCUCCAGGUCCAUCGUAGCGUCCACACAGGCCUGCGGACCUUCCAGUGCCCCUACUGCCCGCUCACCUUCAAGUGGAGCUCCCACUACCAGUAUCACCUGCGCCAGCACACGGGCGAGUGCCCCUACCCCUGCGACAGCUGCCCCAAGGCCUUCAAGAACUCCAGCAGCCUGCGCCGACACAAGAACGUGCACCUGGGUCUGAAACCCUACGUGUGCACCGUGUGUACCAAGGCCUUCACCCAGUCCACCAACCUCAGACAGCACAUGAGAAUCCACACAGGAGAGAGGCCCUACAUCUGUGGAGAGUGUGGACGCAGUUUCACACACUCAUCCAAUCUGGCCCUGCACCGGAAUUCUCAAAGUCACACUGGUGAAGGAAAGGGGGGGGAGACAGGGGGAGGCAACAUGGGGGAUGAGAUACAGGAAGUGAUAGUGGGGGAGGACGUGACAUCACAAAUGUUGACGGACAUGGGCUUUGUGAGCCAGGAGGCCACGGUGGGGGUGGGGGUCGGGGAGGUGUUCCUAUCGUCAGGUCACCAGACCCUCCUGCCCCAUCUCACCCCCUCCCAGGGGGGCGUGUGCACAUCCAGGGCCAUCGGGACAGAAGUGCACGUGAGCACGGAGUCGGGCGCCAGCGUGCUGCUGUACAGCUGUGGCAGCUGUAGUCAGACAUUCAGCACACGGACAGAGCUAGAGGACCACCAGGCCAUGCACCUGGGCCCCGGGGAGGAGGGGAGCAGCGGGGUGGGGGAGGGGGGGAGAGGGAGGGUGGACGGAGGGAAUAUGGGGACUACUCAGGCCCAGUUUGACCUGCUGCAGAGCUUCACAGUGGGGGCUCAGAUCCCCACAGACAGCGUGGAGACAGGGGGUAACACCACAGGUCCAGGGACGGGCACAGAGUGUGCCUACUGCGGGAAGAGCUUCAAGACCAGCGGAGGGCUCAACAGACACCUGGCACAGGUCCACUCCCUCUCUCCCUCCCAGUCUCGCUCCCAGUUCAGCUGCUCUGCAUGCGACCGCUCCUUCACCCUCCUCUCUUCCCUGCUCACCCACCAGCAUUCCCACACCCCCGAGCAGCGCCUCCUAGCCGAGGCUGAGGCGGAGAUCGUCUGCCCCGCGUCCCUGUCCCUUUCCCUGCCCCUGCCCUCCUCCCCCAGCCAGGGGGACCAGCACCAGGACACCCAGGGGGACAUCCACGUCAGCCUGAUGGCUGUGACCGAGGAGGGGGACAGGGAGGUGGUCAAGACAUCCACCAGAGCAGUGGUCAAGGGCCAGAGGAGAGGAGCAGCUAGUAAGACUGCUGGGGGGAACAAUGAGAGGCCGUACCGUUGCUCUGAGUGUGGGAAGGCCUUCAAGGGCUCAUCGGGUCUGAGGUACCACAUGAGGGACCACACAGGAGAGAGACCCUACCGCUGCACAGAGUGUGGCAAGAGCUUCAAGAGGUCCUCACUGCUCUCCAUACACCAGAGGGUGCAUACAGGUGUGCGAGCGUUCCAAUGCCCCUACUGCCCGCUCACCUUCAAGUGGAGCUCCCACUACCAGUACCACCUGCGCCAGCACACGGGUGAGCGGCCCUAUGUGUGUCAGGAGUGUGGCAAGUCCUUCAAAAACAGCAGCUGCCUGAGGAGACACAGUCAGCUCCACUCUGGCCUGCGCCCUCACAUCUGUCCCAUCUGCUCCAAGUCCUUCUCACAGACCUCCAACCUCAAACAGCACGAACGCACCCACUCAGGCGAGCGGCCCUUCCAGUGUGCCCAGUGUCACAAGAGCUUCACCCACUCCUCCAAUCUCCAGCUCCACCUGAGAACUCACUCCUCCAGGAAGGACUACAAGUGUCCCUUCUGUGGGAAGGAGUUUGUCAUGCAGUCCUACUUGCAGAGGCACAUGCGGACCCAUGGGAACGGGGCUGUGGCCGGGGACGCAGGGGUGGGGGGGAAGGAGGGGGGCAGGGCAGGUAAAGGGGGUGGAGGGGUGACAACCACCACCACCUUACUAAACCCCAUCACCCUAGAGACCACAGGGAACUCUGGGUCUCUGAUCGUGUCUCAGCCGGCGCUGGACAUUCCCCCCAAUACCUCCCAGAACUACUUCAUGAUCCAGACAGCAAAUGGGCUUCAGCUCAUCCCCCUGUCUGCCCCCGCCCCCCCUCCUCCCCCUCCGCCUCCCCCCCAGACACAGUACAUCCUCCUACAGUGCCCCUCCACCAAUGGGAGCCAGCCCAGCCUGAUUCUCGUCCCCACCACAGCGACCAAUCCCCAGCCCACCCUGGAGCCCCAGGGCCUCCCAUUGGUCCAGACAGUUCUAAACCCUGCCCAAACCCAGAUGCAACAUUUCCAAACCGUAUCCCAGCAACAACAGCAGCCCAGGUUCAUCAUCACCACCAACAACAACAAUGUAAACAACCCUCCCGUUGCUAAGACAACAACUCCCUCGCUGAACUCUAUGCUGAACAAGCCCAUUUUAGGGAAAAGUACCCGGACAGCCAGGUCCAGGAGAGGACGCAAACCCAAAGCCGCUGUAGGUCGGAAUACUGCCACCUCAGUUGCUACGACAACCACCUCUGUCACCAUGACAACAGCCCCCGUCAGUCAGUCGGGGGAUGUAAUACCUGUGUCUAGCUGUAAUGUAACUAGUAUCACUCCAGCUACUGUUACUGCUGCCAACACUAUGACAUCAUCAUUGCCAUCGUCUUUACCCGCCAAGUCACAAAGUCCUUUCUCACCACCAACAGCCUCUGUCUCUGUUUCUACCCCCUCCUCCUCUACCUCUGCCACUGUUACCUCAGGACCCCUAAAGGUUGCCACAGUUAACUCAGUUACCACGGUUACCCCGGCCUCCCUGUCCUCUGACCCUGUGGCCUGGGUUGGGGAACCCCAAACCGCCCCAGAGUUGGGUGAGUCCACUGAGCAGGACAUGAGAGGGGAACAGUAUGUCCUCUGCUUCCAGAAAGAAGGAGGGAAGAAGGAAGAGGUAAAGAUAGGAGGAGAGGGAGGAGGGUCCUACAUGUUGCGGUUUGAAGGGGAGGGGUCCGGGGAGGGGGGGCAAGGAGGAAUGGGCAGAGAGGGGGAUGGGGAGUCAUACGUGCUGCGCUUUCAGACUGAGGGAGAGACAGAAGGAGAGAGAGAGGGAGGGAAGGAGAAAGGAGGCCUGGUGUCACUGAACCUGCUGCAGGAAUGGGGAGGAGUGAGGGAAGGAGAAAGACGUGUAGGGGAGGAUGGUGGAGUGGGAGAGUCCUUUGUGCUUCAUUUCCAAACAGAGCCGCAGAGCGAAGAACGGACCACUUCUGAUCGUGGCUAUCCAGAAGGCCCCAGCAACAGCCUGGAACUUUCCUGCCCGCCUCCCCAGGCCUUAAUGCCUCUGAAUGGGCAGGAGGUGGUGUUUGAGCUGGGGGAUGAGAACAAGAUGGUGGGCCAGGGGUUCUGGAGAGAGUGUGCAGAUGAUAGCCCUGAUCCAAGGCGAAGGGGGUGGGGAGGGAAAAGGGGGCAGUUACAGUGGGGCAGGGGGGGCAGUAGGGGAGGGAAGGGGGCCAAUGGAGGGCAUCUUUCAGCUGGAGGGAGGAGAGGGGAUCGUCAUCAUUGAGGUUAGCACCAGCAGUCUAAGAGAAGGGAUGGACAGAGGGGAAGGAGGAGUAACUGUAGAGAGGAGUGAAGCAAAAGGAGGGAGUGGAAUAACUGAGAGGCCUGAAAAAGACAGGAACUCAGCGGAAUGCAUUGAAAUAGAGACUGGAGCGAAUGAAGGAGAAAACACAGCUACGAAUGGCCCUACACCUAACUCUCAGUUCUCUUAAACCUAAACCAAACAACCACUGUUAGGAAAUGUGUGUGAAGGCUUGUGCAUGGGUGUGCACACAUGAAUGUACAUAUGCGUGCGCACAAUGUGUGUGAGUGUGUUUUUGAUGUGGAGGCCUUUUCCAGCUACUGAACUAAAGGAGAGUAUGGUCGUUCAGAAAGAGACUAUAGAAAGUACUGUAGGAAAUAAUACCAAGGUGCCAGAAACAGAAGAGUUACAUUCACUGACUGUUAAUGAAGAGGGACCUCAACAAAUGACUUAAGAGUUUCAAUUAAACUGUCAUGUUGACAGUGUUGAUAUAAAACACCUAAGAGGUUUUUUUGUGGAUGAAUAAUGGCUACAUUGGCUCGGUUUCACUAUAAAUAUUCAUACUAGGAAAUAGUCAUUAUUAAUAAAGUUGUUAAUAAUA